AUGAGAUCCCUCACAGAAGAAGAGCUGCGCACUUUCCUGUCUAAGCUUGCAAUUUACUGCAGCAGCAAUCUCUCAGAACUGAUCAAAUCGACCGCCGAUGAUUCCAACGAUGAGAACUCUCGCAUGGUUUUCCGCAUACAGGGAAACCGUGUCUUUUAUAUGCCCCUUCGCCUGGCCAAUUUGGCUACUUCUAUCCCUCGAGCAAGCUUGCUGUCCUGCGGAACCAUGAUGGGCAAGUUUACUAAGACCGGCAAGUUUCGUCUUGCUCUCACCUGUUUAUCCGUCAUAAGCCCCUACUCCAGGACAAAGAUUUGGAUUAAGCCCAACGGAGAGAUGCCUUUCCUCUACGGUUCCAACGUUGUCAAAGCCCACGUCGGAAAGAUCUCAGAAGACUGCCCCGAGCACAGUGGUUGCAUUGUAUACUCCAUGGAUGAUACCCCCCCUUGGAUUUGGAGUUACUGCCCGUUCGAGCGCUGA